AGAAGGCGAAACCAAAUGGAGACCGCCUCCUACUUCUACGAAACCCUAUCCCCUCUGUCUCCUCCGCCGUCAGAUCGAUCUCCGCCGCCUUCCGAUGAAUCUCAGCCCUACUACGUGUACCGGAAUCAAAUCUCCCUUUCUUCUCUCAGUUACCCUUCGCCGGAAACCGCCGCCCCGGACUACUUCUCCCUCGACGCCCGCGCAGACGUCGAGGAGCCGAGCCCCGCGAGGUUUCGCACUCCGCCGCCGGCUUCAGAAGAAGAGGCGCCGGCUGUCGAGAGCGGGUGGUUCAGAGGGAAUAGUCGGUUGAGAAGCCCCAUGCUGAAGCUCCAUAAAGAGAUAUUGGAUUUCUCUGACUUUCUUUCUCCAACCCCCGAGGAACAAUCUGCACGGAAUGCAGCAAUAGAAUCUGUCUUUAACGUAAUCAGAUAUAUAUGGCCCAACUGCAAGGUAGAAGUUUUUGGGUCAUUCAAAACAGGGCUUUAUCUUCCAACCAGUGAUAUUGAUGUUGUGAUUCUGGGUUCAGAUAUCAAGACUCCGCAAAUUGGGCUGUAUGCUCUUUCUAGGGCAUUGUCACAAAAGGGAAUUGCAAAGAAAAUACAGGUUAUUGCUAAGGCCCGUGUUCCAAUUAUUAAAUUUGUAGAGAAGAGAAGCAGUGUUGCUUUUGAUAUAAGUUUUGAUGUGGAAAAUGGACCAAAAGCUGCUGAGUAUAUUCAGGAUGCUAUAUCAAAGUGGCCCCCACUGCGGCCAUUGUGUUUAAUCUUGAAAGUUUUUCUACAACAGCGAGAAUUGAAUGAGGUCUAUUCUGGUGGAAUUGGUUCUUAUGCCCUCCUUGCUAUGCUCAUAGCAAUGUUGCAGAAUCUCCAAGAGUGGAAUGCUUCUGUAGAACAUAACUUGGGAGUCCUUUUGGUAAACUUCUUUGACUUUUAUGGACGCAAAUUGAACACUGUGGAUAUUGGUGUAACAUGCAAUGGGCCAGGAACCUUCUUCUUGAAAAGUACCAAAGGGUUUGUAAAUAAAGGGCAGAAGUUUCUUAUCUCCAUUGAGGACCCACAGCUACCAGGCAAUGACAUUGGGAAAAAUUCCUUCAACUAUUUCCAGAUUCGAUCAGCUUUUUCUAUGGCUUUCUCGACACUGACAAAUGCAAGGACCAUCUUGGGCCUAGACCCCAACCGGAGCAUUCUUGGUACCAUAAUAAGACCAGACCCAGUCCUGCUGGAACGAAAAGGAGGUUCUAAUGGGACCAUGACUUUUGACCAUUUGCUCCCUGGAGCAGGGGAACCAUUGUCGCCACAAACUGGGGGCCAAGAGUUAUUAUGCAACUGGCAGGUUGAGGAUGCAGAAGAAGAGCCACUGCCACGCAGCAAUCCAAUUGCAGGGGAUGGCAGUGCAAAUUCUUCAGGAAAGAAACGGAAGGCUUCCAAAGAGAGACUUCGUAACAAGGUGAAAGAACACGCAGAUAUGGAGAAAGACAAAAGUAAAAAGAAGAGAAGGUGGAAACAUCAAUGAGAUGCUGAAGGCAAUGAUCUUGGCUGUUAUACGCUGGCAGGUCAACGUGGAAUGGUAGAUUACAUGCUUGCAUCUUUGGCUGCAAUAUCCAGUUUCUGCAUCCCCACAAUCAGGUCCUGAAUGCAGUAUGCUCCAACCACAUCUUCAUGGCUUUUGCAGAUCUGCAGGGAGCGCAAUCCCUCGGGCAUUGGCACAGACCAGAAGGAUUCAAAGCCCCAUACAAGGCUAUGUUUUUUGGGUAGAUUUCUUCAAAACUGGAAGACUUGAGUUAUUUUUGAAUUAGUGCUUUCCCCCCCUUAUUUAUGGACAAUUUACUUUAUGAUGGGUUUGAAUGAUGAACCCAACCCAUCACCAUUACAAAAUAUACACCAAAAUCCUAGUGUCUAGUCCUGAAAUCUGUUGAAGAAGUAUAGGGUUCACACCUGCUGAUUUUGCUUGAACAUGUACAUUGAAACAUUUUGAUGUAAUGGAAGCUAAAAGGAUGGAGAAAUUUUGUAUUUUUCUUCUCAA